AUGAUAGCCGUCAAGCAGCUCCUUCCUGAUGGGCCCCAGGUCUCAGUUUCCUUUGAGGACGUGGCUGUGCUCCUCUCCUGGGAGGAGUGGGGCUGUCUGGGCCCUGCUCAGAAAGGCCUCUACAGGGACGUGAUGCUGGAAACCUACAGAAAUCUGGUCUCGCUGGGACUUCAACGUUCCAAACCUGAUGUCAUCUCCAGGCUGGAGAAGGGGGAAGAACCAUGGGCCCCACACUCACUGAGAAUUGAGGAGAGCUGGAUCCGGAAUCACAGGAGUGGAAAUUUUGAGUCUCUAAUGGAAAAAAAGGAAUUAACUCCAAAACAGGAAAUUUCCAAAGCAGUGGAGUCCCAGAGAGCAAAACCAGAAGAACAUGCAAGAAAUAUAUCCAAGAAAUCUGAUUUUGAAGAAAUGUGUAAAACUGAGGGAAAGAUAAAGAAUUACUGGGAACAAUCUACAGUGGAAAGACUUAAGAAAUCCUUCUCCCAGAAGAACAAUUCCAGACCGGUGACAUUGACACGUGUGAAAACCCCUAGGGGGGAAGGCCAGAUAUCCGGUUCCACGGAGGUAAACUGCACUGCAGACCCAAACCCUGUUGGAUUUCAUCGAGGGUCUAGAGGGGAGAGUCUCCACCAGAAUGUGCCACAUGUAGAUGACUUUCAACAAACUCAGGACCUCAUUAAUCUCCCAUGUUUCCAUCUAGGAGAAAGAUCAUGUCAGACAGAUGUGUUUGUGAAAGUGGCCAGGCAGAGUUCAGUUCCUGGUGAGAGUCAGAGGGUUAACAGGCCAAAGAAAUCCUUUGAGUGUACUGAGUGUGGAAAACCUUUCAGCCCAAGUAGAGCUCUUUCUCAACAUGGGAGUAAUCACACCAGAGAGAAGCCCUUUGAGUGUGGUGGAUGUGGAAAAACUUCCUGCCACUGCUCUGUCUUCAACCAACAUCAGAGAGUUCACUGUGGAGAGAAGCCCCACACCUAUGCUGAGUGCGACAAAGCUUCCAGGGCUCAUGCCUACUUCAUUCAGAACCAUAACAUUCACACUGGAGAAAGACUUUAUGAGUGCAGUGAAUGUGGAAAAGCUUUCAGUACGUGUUCAUCUUAUAGUCAACAUCUUAAGAUUCAUACUGGGCAGAAACCUCAUGAGUGUAAUCAGUGUGGGAAAGCCUUCAGUCAUAGCUCUAACCUGAUUCAUCAUCAGAGAACUCAUAGCGGAGAGAAACCUUACACGUGUAAGGAAUGUGGGAAGGCUUUUAGUAGACAGUCACACCUCCUUCAGCAUGAGAGAACUCAUUCUGGAGAGAAACCUUAUGACUGUACUGAGUGUGGCAAAGCCUUCAGUGCACGAUUAUCUCUCAUUCAACAUCAGAGAAUUCACACAGGAGAAAAACCCUAUGAAUGCAAUGAAUGCGGGAAAUCCUUUAGCCUGAACCGAACCCUUAUCGUUCAUCAGAGAAUUCAUACUGGAGAGAAACCCUAUAGGUGUAAUGAAUGUGGGAAAUCCUUCAGUCAACGUUCCCAAGUCAUUCAGCACAAGAGAAUUCACACUGGUGAGAAGCCUUAUGUAUGCAAUGAGUGUGGAAAAUCAUUCAGCGCUCGCCUGUCCCUUGUCCAGCAUCAGAGAAUUCACACUGGAGAAAAACCUUAUGGAUGCAAUGAGUGUGGGAAGACAUUCAGUCAAAAGGGACAUCUGAUUCAGCAUCAGCGAAUUCACACUGGAGAAAAACCCUAUGAGUGUAAUGAGUGUGGAAAAGCCUUCAGCCAGAGUUUUAAUCUCAUUCAUCAUCAAAGGACACACAAUGGUGAGAAGCCCUAUGAAUGUAAUGAGUGUGAUAAAGCCUUCAGUGUGCUCUCUUCCCUUGUUCAACAUCAGAGAGUCCAUAAUGGUGAAAAGCCCUAUGAGUGUCACAAAUGUGGGAAGGCUUUUAGCCAGGGCUCACACCUCAUUCAGCAUGAGAGGAGCCACACUGGAGAGAAACCCUAUGAGUGUAACGAGUGUGGGAAAACCUUUGGGCAGAUAUCCACCCUAAUUAAACAUGAGAGAACACACAAUGGAGAGAAGCCCUAUGAGUGUGGAGACUGUGGAAAAGCCUUCAGCCAGAGUGCACACCUUGUCCGCCAUCGAAGGAUUCACACUGGAGAGAAUCCCUAUGAGUGCCGUGACUGCGGGAAGGCCUUCAACGUCCGCUCCUCUCUCAUCCAGCAUCACAGAAUUCAUACAGGAGAGAAGCCUUAUGAAUGUGAGAAGUGUGGCAAGGCCUUCAGUCAGCAUUCACAAUUUAUUCAGCAUCAGAGGAUUCACACUGGAGAGAAGCCCUAUAUGUGCAAUGAAUGUGAGAAAGCCUUCAGUGCACGCUUGUCCCUUAUCCAACACAAGAGAAUUCACACAGGAGAGAAACCCUACAAAUGCACUGAAUGUGGAAAAUCCUUCCGACAAAGCUCUCACCUCAUUCGUCAUCAGAGAGUUCACAGUGGAAAACGACCUUAUACGUGUAAUGAAUGUGGGAAAACUUUUAGUCAGAAAAUAACUCUUACUGGUCAUGAGAAAAUUCACACUGGAGAGCAAGCCUAUAAGUGUAUUAAUUGUGGGGCCCUCUUUAGUGCACAGGCAGCUUUCAUUCAGCAUCGUAAAGUCCACAAUGGAGAAUAA